AGGGUCACCUGGUGUGAACCUUGCCCCUGCUCUCAAGUCCUGGGUCGCUAAUCCAGCUAUGGAGGCAGCUGCAGCAGAUCUUCGAGACACGGCCUUGUUAACUCUGAAGUUUAAGUUUAAUCCAAGGCUGGGCAUUGACAAUCCUGUCCUCUCCCUGGCUGAAGACGAGGACCAAUCUGAUCCCUGGAACCAGCACCGGCCUCGCUUCUGUCUGCUGAGCAAAGAGGAGGAAAAGAAUUUUGGGUUCCAUCUGCAGCAGCAGCUGGGCAAAGCUGAGCACGUGGUGUGCAGGGUGGACCCCGGCACCUCCGCCCAGCGCCAGGGUCUCCGGGAAGGAGACCGGAUCCUGGCGGUGAACAAUAACGUCGUGGCACACGAGGACUAUGCUGUGGUAGUACGCCACAUCCGGGCCAGCGGUCCCCGGGUCUUGCUGACAGUCUUGGCACAACAUGUGCACGAAGUAGUACGAGCACAGCAGGGGAGCGAUGCUUUCCUCUGCCCUACCCUAGGCUCUCGGGUCAGGCCCCGGUUGUGCCAUGUGGUAAAAGAUGAAGGUGGCUUUGGCUUCGGCAUCACCCAUGGAGCUCAGGGUCCUUUCUGGCUGGUGCUCAGUGCAGGAGGAGCUGCAGAGAGGGCAGGGGUGCCCCCUGGGGCCCGACUGCUAGAAGUGAACGGGGUCAGUGUGGAGAAGUUCACUUCCAGCCAGCUCAAUAGGAAGCUUUGGCAGAGUGGAGAUCAGGUGACUCUGCUGGUGGCAGGGCCUGAGGUAGAGGAACAGUGUCACCAACUGAAAAUGCCUCUUGCUGCACCACUGGCAGAGGGCUGGGCACUGCCCGCUAGGCCCCGAUGUCUAAACAUAGAGAGAGGACCUCAAGGCUUUGGGUUCCUGCUCCGGGAGGAGAAGGGCCCGGAUGGUCGCCUCGGGCAGUUCUUGUGGGAGGUGGAUCCAGGACUGCCAGCUGACAAGGCUGGGAUGAAGGCUGGAGACCGCCUGGUGGCUGUGGCUGGGGAAAGCGUGGAUGGGCUGGGCCAUGAGGAAACAGUGUCUUUGAUCCGAGCACAGGGCUCCUGUGUCUCCCUCAUUGUCGUCGACCCUGAGGCUGACCGCUUCUUCAGCAUGGUACGCCUGUCCCCCCUUCUCUUCUUGGAGAAUGCAGAGACUGCUGCUUCUCCUCUGGCAGAAACCAAGGAUCUUCCCAUUGAAGACACAGUUGAAUCUUCUGGCCUUGCUGACUCCCGCCAAUGCUUCUUGUACCCGGGGCUGGGAGGUGGCUAUGGAUUCAGACUCUGCCGUGUGGCUGGUGUGCCUUAUCUAUUCAUCUCCCAGGUGACUCCAGGAGGCUCAGCUGCCCGGGCAGGGCUGCAAAUAGGAGAUGCAGUUUUGGAGGUGAACAGAUAUCCUGUGGGUGGAGACAAUGACCUAGACUGGCUUCAGCAGCUGGCCGAGGCUGAGCCACCCCUCUGCCUGAAGCUGGCAGCUAGGAAACCAGAGGACUUGAAAGCCUGGAUUUCCUCGAAGUCUGAGCAGGACUGGACUGUGGCUUCAGAGUUGCUAUAGGACACCCCUGCUUGGCAUAGACUUGCCUAGUGACUCUUACGCCAUUGCUCUGCACCCUGAGGGGGAGGGAGCCAGGAAAGGUCUCUCCCAGCUGGAAGCGGGAACUGGAGGAUUCAGACGCCACUGAUCACAGUACUGCCAGGGGCCUUCUUCCUUGCUCAUGAGCCUACCUCCAGCAGAGGGGUAUGGACAGAACCUCAAUGGGGAGCCUGAGUCUCCAUUGGCUGUUAUGUGGAAGUUUUCAGGAGGUUCACCCCUCCUGUCCUAAAGAUGAAGUUCUGCCCAAGAAGGUGAAGCUGUGGAGCCACUUAGGAUUGAGGCCAUUGAGAACUUAGGCUAGGUAUGACUCCACUAUCACAUGGCACAAGGAUUGGAACCAUAUCUUCCUUCUGCGGACAUCUUAGAAUCUUGGGAGCAUGUUCCUGGCCACUGUCAUCAUGUUACAGCCUUCGAGGUUGGCUGGUGAGUUGGCUCUGUAGGUAAAGGUGCUGGCUACUAAGCCUGACAGCCUGAGUUCAGUCCCCAGAACCACAUGGUAGAAGGAGAGCCAACUCCUGGAAGUUAUCCUCUGAGCUCUCUUUAUGUGAGCACCUUAGAAUGCCACCGUCCAAAUAAAUAAAUACACACACACACACACACACAGACAAA